AAAUGCAGUGAACAAAGUUGGUACUUGUAUUAUGUGGUCAUGCUGAACCUGUAGCCUUCUUCUUUUAAAAUUAAUGCUGAGCAGUUGCAAUAUUUGAUAUAUUGUUUCAGUUUUGACCAGGCAUAAUGAGCGAUCCAGAGAAGCUUGAAAAAGUAAAGAAAGAAAUAAGAAGCUUACUUAUUUCUUAUCAAAAGGGUUGUUCACUAUAUGAGUUCAAAAAAACAUUUGAAGAAUUUAUGGGUAAAAAAUUGCCUUCUGCAGAAUUUGGCUUUCAAAGUGAUGUAGACUUUUUAAGAACUCUUCGUGAUGUGGUAGAUAUUCAGAUGAGUGGAAGGGACUACUACUUGUAUGGCAUUGCAGAUGAGAAAUCGCAACAUAUUCAAAAACUUGUAUGUAAACAAAAGAGUGCCAGAAAGCCACCAAAACUUACUAGAUCUUACCCAGCUCGCCCAGUUCGUGCUCAGAAUUUACCUCCUCGGUUCUCUAAGAAAGUUCCUCAAGUCAGUUAUAAUGCAAGGAAGAUUUCUGAAAAUUCAGAUAACCAAUGGCAUCCUUUUGAAUAUACAGCGAGCCAAAGGCGUGCUACUGAAUAUACAGAUAGCAAAAGGCAUGUUGCUGAAUAUACAGAUAGCCAAAGACAUGCUUCUGAAAAUGCAGAUAGCCAAAGGCGUGCUGCUGAACAUACAGAUGGCCAAAGGCAUGCUUCGGAAUAUGCAGAUGGAAUACUACCAAAAAAAGAGCUGAUAAAUCUUGUUCAUGCUGCUUCAUGGGAUGGAAUAAGCUUGACCAAUCUCUUAACAAAGUAUCAACAAACUUAUAAAAAACCCUUUUCAUUUAAGCAGUUUGGCUUUUCUUCCUUAAGAACAUGCAUUGAAUCAAUUCCUGAACUUACUUUGGUCACUGGACAAAAUGAUGUUGUGAUUUAUGACAGUUCAGUAGCCGUGAAAAUAUUAAAAAAUGAGAGCAAAAAGUUGCAGCAAGAGACUUCAUCAUCAGUUAAAUAUGAUGCUCAGUAUUUUAAUGAUGAUGACAGAUGGACUCUACCUGUUUCUCAUGCUUUUUCGCAGAAGGAAAAAGAAAGUACAUAUUCUGCUAAUGCCUUUCAUAUUGGAGCAAAUGUUAAACAAGAUGAAAACAAAUAUAAUGAAUGGAUUCAUACUGUUUCUGAAACCUCUUUCCAGUUUGGAAAAGGAAAUGAGCAUUCCAGUAAACAUUUUCAUAGUGGAUUAAACAUGAGACAAGAAAAAGAUGAUUUUAGUGCUAGUGAACAAAAACAUUCUACUCCAGUUCAGAUUCCAGCUCCAGUAUCAUCAAAUAAAAUGGAUGCUAUUGAGCCUAUUGUAACUCGUAUCAUUCCUGAAAAUAUAAAAGUUAAACUUAGAAAGGUAGCUGUAGAGAAUCGCCAAGGAAUAUUGGCUAAAGAUUUUCUUUCUCGUUAUGAGGAAGUUACGAACACAACAUUGGAUCUUCAUAGUCUUGGAUACAGUACGCUUAUGCAACUUAUUGAGGAUGUGGCAGAUAUUUUUAUGUGCCAGCUGGUAUUUGGUAGUAAGAAAGAUUGGAUUAUUUAUCCUACAGAUUCCAAUCCAAAAGGCCUCUCGUUAGAUUCAACACAUAACCAAGUUUUGACAGUUGAGUUGAUUAAACGUAAUAUUAAAGGAAUACUUGAAGCCUAUCCUGAAGGGGUGAAAUUACAUGAAUUCCUUCAUUUGUACAGUUUGAACUGUAAUGAUCCCUUGUGUCUUAAGGAACUAGGUUUUGAUAACCUGGAGCAAUUCCUAAUAGGCAUAGCCAACAGUGUUCCUUUAAAAAUAGAGGCAUCAGAAGGAUGCCAAAUGGUUUAUUUACUCGAAGAACCAAUACGAGGACCUACUCCAGACUAUAAUGUUUUUUCCAGAGAGGCCAUGCCACCUGACGUUGUCUCAUAUGAUGCUACGUAUGCUGUUCAAGAGUUGCCGAAGGAUUUGGAUUUGUCAAAAUUUUUUCCAAUCUAUACUUCAUCUAUAUCAAAUCCAAAUCUUAUGUACAUACAACUGCCUACUGAUACAGAUGAUCUGAACAUUCUUGGUGAUGAAUUAGAUAUCUUUUAUAAAAGUUCCCAAAGUGAUAGGUACAUGAUGAAGAACGCACAUAUAAAGGUUGGGGCAGUGUGUGCAUCUUUAUGGCCAGUCGAUCAACUGUGGUACAGAGCACAAAUCCUUUCUAUCUCAUCUCUAGAGUUUGUUAAGGUAUUCUAUGUGGAUUAUGGAACAACUUGUGAAGUUCCUACUACCAAGCUUCGUUAUCUUAAGAGAGAAUUUUUUCAUCUUCCUGCUCAAGCUUUGAGGGCUCAACUUGCAUGUGUGAAGCCAAAACAUGGGACUGGUUGGACUAAAAAUGUUCUGGGGAGGCUUUUGGACCUUUGUAGAGAUAAACGUUUAAUGGCUAAGAUACAAGAUAUAACAGAUAAUGGCAUACUUUCUUUGGUUAUUUGUGAUACAACUGGAGAUGAAGAUGUAUUUAUCAAUGACGUUUUAGUGAAAGAGGGUAUUGCUGAAAUGGGUGAGUUGGGAGAAGAGGAUAAUGCGUUGCAAAACUCAGCAAGUUUUCCUGUCAAACCUAAUUCGCCAGUCCCAAAUGAUCUUGCAAAUGCAUUAGCUUUGCAAGCUCAAUUUUUUCAAGCAUGGGCUACUGCAGCUGCUACAUCUCCUAAUCAAAAUUAUGGAAAUUUGGUGAAACAAAUGUCACUUUUAAAUUUGCAGCAAGCUUCAACUAGCCCUUCUCAACAAGGACUACCUCUUGGUAUGGGUGUCAACCCUUUUCUUGGAGCAGUUACACCCAGUAUACCAAAUGCUACUGUGGGAAAUCCCUUUCUUUCUGCAAUUGCACCAAAUUUACCGAAUCCUUUAAUUGGUACUGCAUCAACUUAUGAUUUUGCAAAAUUUCCUGCUUCAGGAUCUACUGUCGAUUCAGCGCAGUCAAGGCAUAUGAAUAAGCCCUCAAGUGAACUUAUGGAUGCUAUAGACGAGUUUGAAAAUGAUAUGUUUGAUGAUGAUGAUGAACUUUUCCAACAAUUCUGUAGCAAAGUUGAAGUGAAGAGUUUUCCUAACAAAAGAUUUGUUAAAAGGGUGGACUUGGGUGAUGGCUAUAGAAUACAUUUAAUUAUUUAUGAUGCUAAACCAUAUUCUUCUGGUGGUGACAUUUCUACUAUCAUUUGGAUGAACAAAGAUUCUGAUUUUAUGAAUCGCCAGUUGCAAGUUAAAGAAACAAGUUUUGCCGAAAUCAUUGUAUCUGAAGAAGGGAAUGAGGAACUAUUUCGUCAGAUGGAUUUAUACAAAGUCAAAGGUGUACAAAAAAUUACAGGAUCAAAGUCAUCUGUUUUGUUAUAUCCAUUUGCAAACAUUAUCAAAAUCCUGAAUUUAUAUGGACACCCAUCUCUUAAUGUAAGGGUUAAACUCAUUGAAGAAAACUCUCAAUUUAGAUUGGCUGACCCCAUAUGGCAGGAACUUCCUGAUGAAGAUAAAAUUGAAGAUAUUUCCAGUAGUCCGCUAAUGGCAAUUACAGAUGACGAUAAGAUAGCACAAAUGUGUUUGACGGAUUUAAUGGCAAUGAAAGAAGGCAUCUGUUGCAGGAGGAUAAGGUUGAUGAAACGUCUAAGUACACAGCCGGCUAAUCCAAGUGCUGUGGAUGAAGUUGAGAAAAUGGAUCAACUACUUAGUAAAGUUCUUGAAAGAAUCAAAGUUAUAAAGACUAUUUGUAGUUCUUUUUCAUGAAGUACUUGAAAAGUUACAAUGGUUUUUUUAAUUUUAAAUUUCGUUCAAGCAGAAGAAAGGAAAGAAUCUUCUCAUCAUGCAAUUUUUCACUAUCAUUUUUUCAAUCAUGGAACUACUUAAAGGACAACGAAUUUACACUGUGAUAGGAUUUUUUAUGUAUAUAACUGCAUUUUCAUAAAUGCUGGUAAUUUUUUUUAUGUUUGGAAAAUUCUCACGUUGAUUGUAAAAUUACAGAAUUUUAUAGAGUGUUCAAAAAUUGAAAAUGUAAAACUGUAUUGCUAUUGAAUU